UGCACCCAUGGUUCACUGCUGUGAGAACCUGCAGGUGAUUCUUGUAUGUCGGUUUCAUGAUGAAUCGUCAGCCUGUGCUGAAGAACAGGCGCACUCUUCUAGAGAGAGCAGAGAAAUUUAUUUCUGACAUUUAUUUCACUGACUGCAACCUGAGAGGACGACUCUAUGGAGACUCUUUCCCGCUGGAGUCCCUUUCGUCUUUCUUGUCGCCUAAACGGAUCCAGUUCACAGACGCCUCCAGGCAGACCUUUGCACCGUAUAAAGUUGGUGAUACCUUUGGACCCACAUGGUGGACUUGCUGGUUUAAAGUGACCUUGAAAAUCCCUGAGUCCUGGAGAGGCAAAGAGGUUCAUCUUCUGUGGGAAAGUGAUGGAGAAGCGAUGGUAUGGAGAAAUGAACAGCCAGUGCAGGGCCUGACGAAGGAGGGCGAGAAGACGAGUUACAUCCUGUCCGACUGUCUGACAGACGAGGAGCCGCACAGUGUCACUCUUUUUGUAGAGGUGGCCUGUAACGGGCUCUUCGGCGCUGGUCAGGGGUCCAUGAUUGCAGCUCCAGAUCCAAACAGGAAGUUCUCUGUACAGAAGGCCGAGCUGGUGGUAUUUAACCGAGACGUACGGGAGCUGAUGACUGAUUUUGAGAUGCUGAUCGACAUCGUAAAGGAGCUCGGAGAGGGAGAGCAGCGAGGCUACCAGGCGCUCUUCACCGUCAACGAGAUGGUGAACCUGUGCGACCCCUCUGAUCCCAGCUCUUUCCCCAGAGCUCACAGUCUGGCUCACAGCUUCUUCAGCCAGCGGAACGGAGACAGCCAGCACACUGUCCAUGCCAUGGGUCACUGCCACAUAGACUCAGCUUGGCUGUGGCCCUACGAAGAGACCAUUCGUAAAUGUGGACGAAGCUGGGUAACAGUGAUCCGUUUAAUGGAGAAGAACCCGCAGUUUGUUUUUACCUGCUCUCAGGCGCAGCAGUUCCAGUGGGUAAAGAGCUGGUACCCGGGUCUCUUCUCCCAGAUUCAACAUUAUGUCAAGAAAGGACAGUUCAUUCCAGUUGGAGGAACGUGGGUGGAAAUGGAUGGCAAUCUGCCGUCAGGUGAGUCCAUGGUGCGGCAGUUUCUGGAAGGCCAGCGCUUUUUUAAGAGUGAGUUUGGGAUCCAUUGCAAAGAGUUCUGGCUUCCGGACACAUUUGGCUACUCUGCUCAGCUUCCUCAAAUCAUGCAGGGCUCUGGCAUUUCCAAUUUCUUGACACAGAAGCUCAGCUGGAACCUGGUCAACACCUUUCCUCACAACACCUUCUUCUGGGAAGGUCUGGACGGCUCCAAGGUUCUUACUCACUUCCCGCCAGGAAAUUCCUAUGAAAUGAAGGGCAAGGUUGAAGACCUGAUUAAAACAGUGAGGAACAACAAAGACAAAGGCAGAGCUAACCAUAGUGCGGCGCUGUUUGGCUUUGGCGACGGUGGCGGCGGACCCACGCAGCUGAUGCUGGACCGACUGCAACGCGUCCAGGACACAGAUGGACUUCCCAAGGUCCGGACGUCCAGUCCUGACGAGCUUUUCUCGCAGCUUCAGGCCGACUCAGCUCUGCUUUGUACUUGGACCGGAGAGCUCUUCCUUGAGCUGCACAACGGCACGUACACCACACAGGCUCAGAUUAAACGAGGGAACCGUCAGUGUGAGACACUGCUUCAUGACAUUGAGAUAGCCAGCAGCUUGGCGCUGUGUCGCGACAGCACUUUUCAGUAUCCUGUGGAAAAGCUGCAGGAGCUCUGGAGGCUGCUUCUUCUAAACCAGUUCCAUGACGUGAUUCCCGGCAGCUGCAUAGAGAUGGUUGUGGAGGAUGCACUAAGAUAUUAUGAAGAUAUCCGCAGUGAUGGUGCUACGCUGCUGCAGGCUGCCUGCAGAGCUCUGGGCUCAAAAGGCAACUCUGCUGGUGUGUUCAACUCUCUGCCAUGGGAGCGCCAAGAGGUCAUCCAGGUUCCAGAUGGUGCUGGUAAACAUGCUCUAGCUCUGGUGAGAGUACCCAGCAUCGGUUUGUCUCCUGUCAGAGAAACACUACAGCCAGCGACUCCAGUCUUUGUCACUGUGCAAGAGGAUGGCACCGUCCUCAUGGAGAACGGGAUUUUAAAGACUGUCGUAAACAAAGAUGGCACUUUGGCGUCACUCUGUUUGAUCAAUGCAAGCAGAGAAGCCAUCUCUGACAGCUGUCUCGGGAACCAGUUUGUUAUCUUUGAUGAUGUCCCUCUGUACUGGGAUGCUUGGGAUGUAAUGGACUACCAUCUGCAGACAAGGAAGCCGGUGCAGGAGGUUGUGCAGCCUGUACAUGUAGUGUCCUCAGGUGGGCUCAGAGGCAGCGUCAGCUUCACCCUCAGGAUCAGCGACAAGAGCACCAUCACACAGGAGAUUGUUAUAGACGCCAUGUGUCCUUACCUCAAAUUCAACACAGAGGUAAAGUGGACUGAGUCACAUAAGUUUCUUAAAGUGGAAUUCCCAGUACGAGUACGCAGCCUCAAUGCUACAUAUGAGAUCCAGUUUGGCCAUCUGCAGAGACCCACACACAGGAACACUUCAUGGGACUGGGCCAGAUUUGAGGUUUGGGGUCACAAGUGGGCCGAUUUGUCGGAGCACAACUUUGGCGUUGCACUGCUGAAUGACUGCAAAUACGGCUACUCGGUCCACAAGAACACCAUGACGCUGUCACUACUGAGAGCACCUAAAGCACCUGAUGCUAAUGCGGACAUGGGGACACAUCAUUUCACCUAUGCAGUCAUGCCACACACAGGAUCUUUCCAAAAUGCCUCCGUCAUCCAGAGUGCGUACAACCUCAACUUCCCUCUGAGGUCAGUCCAGUGCAGUCCUGACACCGAGCCCUGGAGUGCCUUUUCUGUCAGCUCUGCUGCAGUCAUCCUUGAGACCAUUAAACAGGCUGAGGACAGGAAGGGGGCCCUUGUAGUCCGACUCCACGAGUCCCUUGGGAGCAGCGUGACUGCAACUCUCUGCACCACCCUUCCGCUCAGGGAAGCCUGGCAUUGUGAUCUCUUGGAGAGACUUGACUCCACCCGGCCAGCACACAUUACAUCAGAGGGAAUUACUCUGAACUUCAGCCCCUUCCAAAUUGUGUCACUGCUCCUCAUCUUGCCAUAAAUACAGCAUUUGACCAAACCUCAGGGGCGACUCAACUGGAAUAUUAAUCAACACUAAGGGCAGAAACUAGUAAAACCCUUUCAAAUGUAUCAUCUGGUGCUGCAGUUUUUUUUAGGAGGCUUAUGAUGGAGGGCAUCUUUCCCGGCCACUCCUCGAUGACAAUCUGUCAGAAACAAUGUAAUUCAUUUUCAUCAAAACAAUAAACAGUUGCAGAUCUUUUGUAGAAAUGUGUUUAUUAAAAACAGUAUAAAAGAAAUGUUAGCAGAUAUAUCCACCAUGAUGUCAUCAUUCGUUUGUUAAAAACUGCUUUGAAGCCUUAAAUGUGGCACUGUGGCCGACGCUAAACUGGAUUUUUGAAGUGAGAAGUGACCAUAUUUGAACAAAGGGUAGAUCUGUGAAGGGGUUAGGAUAGAUCUGACUGAGAAUGCGAGGGCACAGCUGUGGUAGCAACUUAUCAAUCACAAGGUAGCCACGCCCUAAAGCAUAUCCUGCUUUAUGGUCUAUUUAACUCUAGAUAGGAUCCUAAUGUACAGAUGAACAUCAUGCUGUGUUGAGGAAGACUUAAAAAUAGAGAUGGAUAUGAUAACUCAUAAGGAUAAUGUUUCCUGAGAUAGUAAAUGAAGUGAGAAGCUGGCUGGUUUUAGACUUGUAUACAGUCAUUGGUGUCGCCCCCUGCUGGCCAUUAGCAAGAAUGCAGGUUUGCAGCCCUGCCACAUAGUCUUCACUGCUCAGGUACCAAAAAGAACACCUUUAUGAAAACAUAAAGACAGUCCCAUACUGUGAUGUCUCCCUCUCUUU